AGGAACCAGCCUCCCGGCACUAGCGCAAGCAUCUCCGGGGACGCGUAUGCUCCUGGCCGUGUAAAGACGGUGGACGGGCGUGCGCCCUCAGUCGCAAUGUAAACUGCACUCUGAGAACCUAGGCUACUACCAUUGCCCGUACGUGUAGGCAUCGUUGAGCCUAGGAAAGCGUGACUGCGUGAUGAACAUGUCUGUGCGCACCUUCGCGUUCCUGCGCCGGCUCACUCUGUACGCGUCUGCGCCGUGACGGCUCGCACUUCCCACCUCGACCCAAUGGCACCCAAAAGCAGCCCCUUUCCGCCGCCGGCGUUGUCCCAAAAAACCAAACAGCAAUCCAUCUCCGCCUUCUUUUCUACCAAGCCACUUGCCGCAAAACCCGCUGCAGCCGCAAACAGUGCAGUGUCGGCACCGCAAGACUCCGCAACGACCUUGAGCGACGACCAUGUAUCCACGCCUGCUGCACCGCAAGCAUCAUCCAUUAGAAAACGUGCUGUAGAUCAGGCGGAAGAGAGCGCUGAGAACGAUGCUGCAGCCUCGCCGAAGCGGGCACGACUAGACGAGACGCGGCAUACGCUUGCUCAAGCCUCUGCCUCUGGGCUCAACAAGUCUCGCCUGCUUAAACGCACAUCCAAAUACUGCUUCUCGCCAUCUCCAGCUGUCGCAGAUGAGAAUGAGAACGCGAAUGAGGAGGGUGACGACAAUGACGACAGUCCAGCGGCACACAUGCGACGUGUGGAAUUACAUCGAAAGUUUGUGCAGAAGCUUGGACGCCCUGACAGCUUUGCAGAGCUCAGACGACGUCACAGAGCGGAUCCUUCUGACGAAGAAGCAGCUGAAGGCGCUGAAGACGAUGGCUCGGACCACGAGACAUCGCAAAGUGCCGCGAAGCCUAGGAAGAAGGGUUCCAAGAAGCCUGGAAAGCUCACGCCCAUGGAGACGCAGUAUCUCGAGAUCAAGAGGAAGCAUCUAGAUACAAUCAUACUAUACGAAGUCGGCUACAAAUUCCAAAUAUACGGAGAGGAUGCACGCAUCGCUGCGAAGGAAUUGAGCAUCAUGUGUAUACCGGGAAAGUUCCGGUACGACGAGCAUACGACAGAGGCCCACCUGAGCCGAUUUGCAUCCGCAAGCUUUCCGGUACAUCGAUUGCAGGUGCAUGUAAAGAGGUUAGUACAGGCUAAUCACAAGGUUGGCGUCGUUCGUCAGCUCGAGACGGCAGCUUUGAAAGCCGUCGGUGACAACAGAAAUGCUCCCUUCGUUCGGAAACUCACGAACCUCUACACCAAAGGGACAUAUGUCGACGAUGUUGAGGGACUCGAUCCGGGCAAUGGUGCAGGCCAGUCGACUGGCUAUCUGCUCUGCAUCACUGAAACGAACGCGAAAGGCUGGGGGAACGACGAGAAAGUACAUAUUGGCUUGGUUGCGGUACAGCCUGCCACUGGUGACAUCGUCUACGAUGACUUUGAGGAUGGCUUCAUGAGAAGCGAACUCGAAACUCGCCUUUUGCAUAUUGCUCCUACGGAGUUGCUGAUCGUUGGACCGUUAUCAAAAGCCUCAGAGAAACUUGUCGAGCAUCUCUCUGCAAGCAAGACUAAUGUAUUCGGGGACAAGGCUCGCGUUGAGCGGGUCAAGAAGCCGAAAACGAUGGCGGCCCAGUCCUACAGUCACAUCUCGAAUUUCUAUGCCGAAAAGAUGAGUAUACAACGCGGAGCAUCUACUGAUCAAAGCACUAUCCUUGAUAAAGCACAUCAACUAUCUGAACACGUCACCAUUUGUCUAUCAGCCAUGAUCACGUAUCUGACAGAUUACGGACUAGAGCAUGUUUUCGAUCUGACAAAAUAUUUCCAGCCUUUCAGCGCUCGAUCGUACAUGCUGCUGAACGGCAACACCUUGACCAGUCUGGAAAUCUACCGCAAUCAGACGGACAACACCAGCCGAGGCAGUCUUUUCUGGACCAUGGAUCGUACAAAAACACGGUUCGGUCAGCGCCUGCUACGUAAAUGGAUCGGUCGGCCUUUGGUCCACAGAACAAGUCUUGAAGAACGCAUAGCGGCUGUCGAAGAACUGAAAGAGGGUCAGAACACUAGACACAUCGACAAGCUCAAGUUUGUCCUGGGGAAGAUCAAAACCGACCUGGAGAAGGUCUUGCUACGCAUCUAUUAUCAGAAGUCCUCACGUGCGGAGGUUCUUGUUGCGCUUCAAAUACUCCAGGACAUUUCAUCCGAGUAUGCGAGCGUCAAAACUGCCGGCGAUACCGGAUUCAAGUCGUCUGUACUAUCUGACGCUGUUUCGAGUAUACCUCGAAUUUACGAAGAUGUCAAGGUUUUCCUAGAGAAGGUCAACGCCCAAGCUGCGAGAGAUGACGACAAAUACUCCUUUUUCCGGGAGGAAUACGAAGCGGAGGACAUAAAUGACUACAAGCUCAGCAUUGCAUCUGUAGAAGAUGAUCUCAACAAUUAUAGGAAGGAGGCAGCAGCCAAGAUUGGCACCGGCCAGGUCACGUACGUUACCGUGAGUGGUGUUGAGUAUCUAAUUGAAGUCAAGAGGAAGUCUCCCCAGGAAAAGAGAGUUCCGGCUUCGUGGCAACAAAUCUCGUCCACCAAGGCUGUGGUACGAUUCCACACGCCCGAGGUCAAGCGUAUGAUUCAACAGCGUGACCAAUAUAAAGAGUCUCUGGCAGCUGCGUGCGACAUGGCGUUUAAGCGCUUCCUUGACGACAUAUCUGCGAAAUACCAGGACUUGCGGGACUGUAUCCAAGCGCUCGCAACCCUCGAUGCCCUUCUGUCCUUGGCAGCUCUCGCCUCGCAAACCGGUUACGUAAAGCCGACCUUCUCUGAUGACAUCGAGCUAUCAAUCACCGAAGGUCGACACCCUAUGGUUGAGCAACUCCUCCUCGACAACUACGUUCCAAACGAUGUCCAUUUGUCCCACAAAUCCACCCGCGGUCUCCUAGUAACGGGCCCCAACAUGGGAGGCAAGUCAUCGUAUGUUCGCUCAGUCGCUUUGAUUUGCAUCAUGGGUCAGAUAGGGUCAUAUGUUCCUGCCGCGGAAGCCCGUUUGGGCAUACUCGAUGCCGUGUUUCUGAGGAUGGGUGCCUUUGACAAUAUGAUGAAAGGCGAGAGCACAUUUAUGGUUGAGCUGAACGAGACUUCUGAUAUCCUAAAGUCCGCCACUCCUCGCUCAUUGGUCAUCUUGGAUGAACUUGGUCGUGGCACCUCGACGUUCGACGGUGUCGCGAUUGCAGAAGCCGUGCUCGACUAUGUGAUACGAGAUCUACAGUCGCUCACCAUGUUCAUAACGCAUUACCAACAUCUAGCAAAGCUUCAAGACCGCUUUGAUGCUCGGGAGUUGAAGAAUGUUCACAUGCGAUUCGAAGAGAGGGACGGUGGCAAGGAAGUCGUCUUCUUGUACGAGGCGGCGGAGGGAACCAGCCAUCGAUCCUACGGCUUGAACGUUGCCCGGUUAGCGAAGAUACCUGAGAAAAUCAUCGAGGUGGCGGGGGAAAAGAGUCGGGAGCUGGAGGAGGUCAUGGCUGCAUGCAAACUCGGCAACAUGUCUCGCAUGGUAAAAGUCCUGUUACGUGAUGGGGACGAAGCGGUCCUGGAGAAGCUCGUUGAAGGGGUCGGUCAGCUAUAACGGUCUCGCCUGUCUGCGUCGGCGAUGAAAGCUGGCACACGAAACUGCAGCAUGCGAGCGCUAUAAGCCGCCCUUUGUAUGCUUACAGCCCGCGUGAUUGCUACUGGACACGUAACGGAGUGCAGAACAGGAGUAUUGAUCAGGUACAUGUAAGCUGCAGUGGGAAAGGCCAACUUGACUGAUGAUUCGAUGGAGGCAAACGCUUCGUCUUUCCAAUCCUUGCAUAGCAACAAAUAACAGCGCAAGAUUGCAGCUGUUAUCUAGC